AUGCCACGUGGCUCCGGCGAGGCCACUGCAACCCGACUUGGAAUCAACCACAAUACCGUUUCGUCGAUCUGGAAGGGUUUGAUCAAUCAGGGCUCGUAUGCAUGGAAGAAGGCGGCCCGCGUCGGGCGCAAGUUGCACUACGCGCAGCAUCAUGUCAUUCAACUUGUGCAAGGCGUCCCACAAGAGCAAGAGUCAACCAUUCGGGACAUAUCCGUCGCCACUGGUCAUUUGAUGGGAACUACCUGCCGCAACCUCAAGAGCCAACAGAGCUCGGCUAUGGCAGCGGCCAACAUCGUGCAUCUGGACGAAAAAUGGUUCAACGCGGACAAGGAUCACCGAAAGGUUUAUCUUACCAAAGGAGAAGCACCCGAAGGCCGAGCGUGCAAAAGCAAGAGGUUCCUUCCGAAGGUCAUAUUCCUUGCUGCCGUGACGCGCCCUCAGUACGAUGCAGGUGGCAAUCUUGUCUUCGACGGCGAGAUCGGGAUGUGGCCCUUCAUCACGAAGACUCCUGCUGCACGAUCAUCGCGCAAUCGUUCAGCUGGAGCAUUGGUGACUACGCUGGUCAAUGUGAAUGCUGCGGACCAGCGAGAGGCGACGACUUGCAACAUCGACAAUAAAGCCAAGCACCGCCGAUCCAACUUAAGACCACCAAAAUUCCCCGAGCUCGAUGGGCAAUUGGCCGCGUGGGUGGAAGCAGCUAACACGAACAACGUAUGCAUCACCGGACCCCUAAUCAAGCAAAUGGCCCUUCGACUUGCUAUUGUUCUUGGCAUAAGUCAGUUUCGCGCAUCCCAAGGAUGGCUGUUUAAAUUUCAGCGGCGUCACAACCUGUGGGUACAUCGGCUCCACGGUGAGAGCGCGUCAGUCGACCCCUCGGUCACAAAUGCCGGUUGCAAAAGCCUGCUGCUGGAAACCCAGUUCUACGACGCACGUGAUGUGUCCAAUAUGGACGAGACGGGAAUCAUCUACAAGGCCCAGCCGAAGACAUCAAUGUCAAGGAAGCCACUAUUCGGUCUCAAGAAAGACAAGUGCAGAAUCUAUGUUGCCCUCACUGCGAAUGUCGAUGGGUCCCACAGCAUGUCUGCACAAGAGUUGCGUCUCUACUACCACAGCAACCGCAAGGCUUGGAUGACGAUUGCUCUCUUCUCGGAAUGGAUCAUGGAGCUCAACGAAGAAAUGAAGAGAAGAAAUCGAACAAUACUGCUACUCCUAGACCAAGUGGUUCGGGCCGAUGUCGGCAAUGUUCGCGUUCUCAUGCUUCCACGCAACACCACCUCGGUGCUCCAGUCUAUGGACGCUGUAAUCAUAUCAACCUUCAAAAUGUACUACAAGAAACGUCAACUGGACCAUGCAAUUCAAAUCGUUGACACCAUUACUGGUGGUGGGUUUGUGACGGACAAACAGCGCAAGAACCCGUAUGCAUGUGACAUGCUUCAAGCAAUGCGGUGGCGUGGGAUGAAGUAUCGCCAUCUACAAUUAGAAAUUGCUGGGCUCACACUGGUAUCCUACCUUAAAUGUCGUUGA